GUGUGAGAGUGCAGGCAGGCAACAGCAGCAGGAAAAGAAGCAACUCGGAAAGAGUGAGCCACAGGUUAAAGAAGCUAAAAGUAAGGAAACAACAUAAAAGGCAAAGCAGAAGGGAACGACGGACAAAGGAAACUGCUUUGGUGCAGAGGUCUGAGAGGGCAAAAUUGAGCAGCAGCACUGGUAGAGAAGAUCAAAAAAAAUACCAUGACUUACCGACUGUUUGAGGGGAAGGAUCAUGCCUUCUCUUACCAAAAGUAUCGCUUCACACCUCCAGACGAGCUCAAGAGCAUCAUUCUUCAAUACCUCUGCAAAAAGAAGGCCGAGCCGCAUGUGCUGGCCGUGGAUCUGGGAUGUGGUACGGGUCAGAACUCGCGUCUACUGGCGCCGCACUUCCAGGAAGUGGUGGGCAUCGACAUCAGUGACGGUCAACUGGAGGAGGCCAGAGCCGUGCCGGGGUAUCCGAACGUCACGUACAGGAAGGGAACCGCAGAGGAGCUUCCUUUCCCAGACUGCUCUGUCGACCUGCUGGCAGCAGCGUCGGCGGCCCACUGGUUCGAUCAGUCGAGGUUCCUGGCCGAGGCGAGUCGGGUUCUGAAACCCGGGGGAUGCGUGGCUCUGCUGGGUUUCACUGACUCUGGCACCAGGUUUCACUACCAGGGCUGUGGAGAAAGACUCAAUCACAUGUAUGAAGAGGUGAAGCAGGUGCUGCUGCCAUUCACUAGCAAUCGAGUAGCUGUAGCUGAGGGUAAGCUGGAGGAGCUCUACACUGCCAUCCCCUUUCCUGAUAAAGAGAGGAUUGAGGGUGUUAAGGUGAAGUCGUCAAUCUCGGUCAGGAACCUGGUGGGCUUCAUUGAGACUUGGUCCAUGUUCCAAGGUUUCAAAAAGAAAGAUCCUGAGGCUGCUGGCGAACUGCUGCUUACGACUCAAAAGAGGUUUUUGGAGGCGAUGGGAGUCAUGUCCCCUGACACUGAAAUGGAGCAGGAGAUGGAAUAUUACUGCAUCCUAACAUCAAAACCAGCACAAUCAGCAUCCAGGGUUCCCGCGGGUCCUUAAAAAGUCUUAAAAUGUCUUAAAUUUCACGUAAAGUGAAGGUAUUAGGUAUUCAUUUUUUUGCCGGUGCGCUUAAUGGCGACGAGAAAGCACAGUGGCGCAUCGUAAAACAUCUAAUAGUUGAUUAAUUUUAGUAUUGUGCGAAAUGAGUCUCCGCAAUUGAAUAGCUGUUUGCGGUCCGUCGGCUACAGGCGCUGACGUCAGGCUGCGUGUCGCCAUUACGCGGUUGUCGAUGUGAGGUUGAAAAUGCAAAGAAGAUGGGGCAAAUUUAACGACAAGUGGAUCGAAGAGGAUGGUUGGCGAGGUGGUUGGCGCCGGUUGAAAACGUUUUGAUUUCCAUUGCAAGAGGCAAUAAAUUGCGUAUUCCAAAGAAACUGAGAUUUUUGGGUCUUAAAAAGCAUUAAAUUUUACUUUUGAAAUGGUGCAAGAACCCUGCCAUCGUAGAAUUGGGUGCUUGUUUUAAUAGAGAGUUUAUGAGUCUUGCCCGCUGCAAUCUGCAACUCAUUAACUUGAAAACUGUCAAUUAUUGAAUGUGUGUUGAGCGUGGAAAUAAACCCUUUUUUCCUGAAUACAA